AUGUCAUCUGUCGCUGCGGUGGCAGGUUCAUCCACACGGCCUUCAGGGCCUCCCGUUGUGGUUCCAGGUGGAGGAAACAACAUCAUAGUGAACCCAUGCCAACGAGGUAACCCGGUCCUUGAAUGCGUGCGGAACGUCGGCAAGGAGUUUGGGGAGAUUGUUGCCGAUUACCAGGUGGGCAAGACAAUGGGUGUCCUUUUCCUCAGUUUGCGCUAUCAUAGGCUGCACCCUGAAUACAUCCACCAACGCAUAGAGAAGCUUGGUCGCUCCUAUGGGCUUCGCGUCUUGCUAUUGAUGUGCGAUGUGAGCGAACACCAAGAGCCGAUCCGUGAACUCACCAAGAUCUGUUUGAUGAACGAAAUCACCGUUAUGGUCGCUUGGAAUGCUGAGGAAGCGGGCUAUUACUUGUCAACAUACAAGCAGUUUGAGCACAAACCCCCAGAUCUCAUCAAGGAGCGAGUGGACAAGGAUUAUCGCUCGGUGUUGCGCACCGCCCUCACUAGCAUCAGUAAAGUCAACAAGACAGACGUCGAGACCCUGCGGACUUCCUUCGGGAGCUUUGCCGCCAUCUCCCGCGCGUCGUCGGAACAGCUCCAGAACCUGCCAGGGUUCGGGCAGGUCAAAGCGAGGCGCAUACAGGACGCAUUCAACCGCCCGUUCCGCAACAGCAGCACCAGUGCUCUCCUGGCUGGAACGCAGCAACAGCGCGCCGGUCAGUGGCCCGCACCGCCCACCGCCGGUAAUGCUCCAUCCGCUGUGCCCGAUCCGGCCGCAGCGGAAACAAGACGCGCACCGAGUCCCGUUCGUCCACCCCCGGCGCCGCGCCUCCGUGCACCGAGCCCGACAUGGGACUUCGAGCUCGAUCUCAACGCCAGUUCGCCCGAGCCGACCGCGGAGUCGGGGCCUCCACCCGCGCGGAAGCGGGCGCCAAGCCCGGUGUGGGACAUCGAGCUGGACCUUAACGGCACCGACGACGACGAGGGCGCUCCGCCCCGGACAGAAAGGGAUCGAAAGCGGCCUCGGGAGGGUUCACUUGGCGAUUUUGGGCCACCGACCAUGCUGGUGAACCAUUAA